UUUAACAUAAAGUGUGGUGAUAAAUGGAUUAGGCUGCAGUCAGGAUGACUUCAGCGUCCUACACCGCUGACGCAGGGCGGAGCUAUCCUAUAAAAUGUUUCCCUGCCGGGACUUCACACCACAGAAGGAGAGACGGUGCUGGUCACUGGCUUGCAGCUUACAGGGAGGCAGAAGAGCAAAAAUACAGGCGUCAACGCAGGAGAACAAAAGCAGCUUAUAAAAAAUGUGAGAGCGAGCUGGCUGAUACUUCUCAUGGAGUCACAUUAGACAGAGCUUUCCUGCUCCAGUUGCAUCAUGUUGACAGACCCUCUGAGCUCUGUUCUCUGGACAUCAGCGAGCAGAAACUAAGCUCUGUCAAACCAGAAGAACUCGAGGUGUUUGAUAACGUGGCUUACAUCAACGCAUCUAUUAACUCCCUCUCUCUAGGAUCUUUCAGUAGUUUUGUGUCUCUAAGAGAACUCAACCUGUCAUUAAAUGAGGUUAGCGACUUGAUGUUUGAUGCUGCUGCCUUCCCUCUUCUCGAGGUUCUGGAUUUGUCCUACAACUGCUUAUCACCUGAUGCUAUUGUUUCUCUCGGUCGGCUCCCACGUCUUAAGGUCCUUCAUCUAACUGCAAAUCAGCUUCAGCAUCUCCCUCCUAAUCUGGGCUCCUCACACCAAGACCCCACUCAGCUCUCCAUGGAACAGAUGGAGAUGGAGACAGGGCAUAUCCUGCUGGAGGCAGCCACCACAAGAUGGGUACUGUGGUCAUAAAGGGAUGAAAAUGCUCAGCAGCAAUACUCAGGUAGGCUGUGACAUUUAGACUAAGGUACCCAAAGUGUGCCAAGAAAAUGUCCCCCGCAUCAUUACACCACCUGCAGUUUCUGAAAUAAUCAAACCAGCUCAUCUGGGAUCAACAACCACGCCACAUUAAAGUCAGUUAAAUCACCUUUCUUCCUCAUUCUGAUGCUCGGAUUGAACUUCAGCAGGUUGUCUUGACCAUGACCACAUCACUAGAGCCAGUGAGCUGCUGCCAUUUGAUUGGCUGCUUUGUGUUAAUGAGGGGUUGAAUGGUUUACCAAAGUCACUGAUGAGAAUAGAUACGUUACAGAAUACAAAAUCUUAUUUCACUUUAAUUGUAUCAUCACACACAUUUAGCA